AUGAGCGUCCCUCCUGAACGAUUUAUUCCAGGUGUCCAUACUGUUGAGGAAAUUGAGUCCCAUCUUGCGAAUCUUCGUGUAUCAAAAAAAACAUAUGCACCAAAACCAAAUUCUUCAUAUAAGGAAUUAACAAAGUUUUUUUGGGAAUUUUACCACGAGAUUAAGAUUACUGACGAGGAAAUUGCGCACAAGCGCGAAGCUAUGAGAGUACUAAGCGAAUAUUUACAUCGAAUAUGCACAGAUGCCGUAUUAGCGUCUUUCGGAAGCUUAGAAAGUGGAUUUGCGUUAAAGAAUUCAGAUAUGGACUUAUGCGUGCUUACAGAAUCUAUGGAAGCAAGUGAACCGCUUGCUCCUCUUUUUUAUGAGGAACUUGUAAAAGAAGGAUUUGAGGGAAAGUUUCUACAAAAAGCUAGAAUUCCCAUUAUAAAAUUGACUGGUGAUGAAAAGGAACGAUUUGGUUCGGGGUUUCAAUGCGAUAUAGGUUUCAAUAAUCGCUUGGCAAUUCACAAUACAAAACUUUUAUCUUCGUAUUCUCGGCUGGAUAGUAGAUUUCGUCCCUUAAUGCUAUUAGUGAAAUACUGGGCCAAACAAAAACGGAUCAACUCUCCUUAUUUUGGGACUCUUUCUAGUUACGGUUAUGCUUUGAUGCUACUUUACUAUUUACUUCACGUUGUUAAACCGCCGAUUUUUCCUAAUUUACAACAAGCACAUUUGAAACAGGAGAAAUUUGUGGAGGGCUUUAAUGUUGGGUUCGAUGAGGAUAUUGAGCGGUACCCUCCGUCAAAUAAUAUUAGCAGUUUAGGAAGCCUGUUGCAUGGUUUUUUUCGGUAUUAUGCUUACAAGUUUGAACCAAGGGAUCGCGUAAUUACGUUUAAUAGGCAAGACGGAGUUUUAACAAAACAAGAAAAGGGCUGGACAUCGGCGACUGAGCAUACCGGAUCAGCAGACCAAAUCAUCAAGGAUCGUUAUAUAUUAGCUAUUGAGGAUCCUUUUGAAACUACACAUAAUGUGGGAAGAACGGUCAGCAGUUCCGGAUUAUAUCGUAUACGAGGCGAGUUCAUGUCUGCUGCGCGGCUAAUGAAUUCGCGCAUCUCUGGCUCUUACAAAGAGUUGUUCGAGCAAGCACCUUUACCUCCGCGACGAUCAAAAAAGGUAGCUGACGAGACGGAAGUAUCUGGAAAAGAAGAUGAAAAUAAUGAGAAUCCAAAAGAAGCGGAACUUCCUCAAGCUUAA